AUGUUUGGAGGAGACAAAGGCGGCCCGGGAGGCGGUGGUGGCGGACGAAUAUACAUCGGCAGCUUACCCGGAGAGUAUACGGAGAAAGAUGUGGAGCGCGAGUUCGAAAAGUUCGGGAAGAUCGUCAAGCUCGAGUUCAAACGAACGGUGUCAGGUGCCGGGUACUGUUUUCUAGAAUACGCUGAUCCGCGGGAUGCCAGGGACGCGAUUGCUCAGCUGCACGGGCGCCCGCCCCCAGGCUUUCGCGACGCAGCUCCCCUGCGCGUCGAGAUUCCGUUAGCGCGUUCAGGCCGUACCGAUGGCUUCAGCGACGACGCAAUGCCAAGAGGAUUGGCGGGCCGACGGGGUCGUUUUGUUCUGGAAGUUCGGGGCCUCCCGCCGUCCGGAAGUUGGCAGGAUCUGAAGGACCAUUUCCGGGGCAUUGGCGACGUCGGCUUCGCAGAGGUGAGGAAGGAUCCGGAUGCACCUGAUUCCGUCAUGGGGAAGGUUAGUUUCUUUUCGAAACGUGACAUGAUGGAGGCAAUAGAAGCACUAGAUGGCAGCACUUUCAGGUCACACGAGGGGGAGAAAUCAAGAAUCACCGUACGGGAGAAGCGGACGGUGGGGGGACGCGGAGGACGAUCAGAUGACGCGUACGACGCAGCAGCUUAUGACGCGGAUCCUCGAGUCGGGGGCCGUGGUGCUAAGUACGGUAGUCUCUAUGAAUCCAGCAAUGGCGGAUAUUCAAGCGGAGGAACAGACGCGUACCGCGCUAGCGUGGACGUGGUGCACGAGUCUGCGGGCCGAGGUCGUGCCGGCGGCCCAGGCACCGGAGGCUACUACGGAUACCACCCAGCUGGUAGCCCGUCGCCGUGCCGCGGUGCACACCCCGCGUACACUGAACACAGAAGAGGACGGAGCAGAAGCAGGGAUCGCGUCCCGCCAGCCCGAGGUGGAGGAUACGGAGCAGACGGCCCGCCAAGUGGCUACUACGAUGGGGUCGGUACCAGUCCGCGCUGUCCAAGGCUCAGUCUGGAGCGUGGCAGCAGGCGCUACGACGACUGGGCAGACAGAAGACGAUGA